AUGGGACGAAAGAGAAAGCCCGCGCCGCUGGACGCCCCGCUGAAGGAGCGGCAGCGGAAAGAGAUGGAGCUCAAGAAGAAGAAGCUCCAGGAGAAACUCCGGACGAAGAAGAAGGAGGGCGAGGGCGCGGUCGCGGUCGCCGCGCCGGCCGCGGACGCGCCCAAGUCGGUCGCGGAGGUGAACGAUCUCUUCAUGGCUGGCGGGGACAUCAAAUCGAUCGGCCGCGACGCGCGCGGGCCGUUCACCGCCGCCGCGCUCGAGGCGCGAUAUAAAGAAGAGGGCGUGACCGUGACGACGGACAAGUCGUUCAGUUUCAAAGAUUUGUACGCGGAGAAGACGACGUGGACGCUGACGGGAGGCGCGGGGCCCACGGGGGGAUCCAGCGGGGGGGGGCUCGUCGCGUCGUCGUCCGAGCGGAAUAAAAAAGGAGGCGUGCGGAAGAAGACGUCGUCGUCGCGGCGGCGAAUGAAGAAACCGCCGCCGCCGUCGGAAGACGACGAUUCGUCCUCGGACUCCGACGCGAGUUCGUCGUCGUCGUCGUCGGACUCGUCGGACUCGUCGUCGUCGGACUCGUCGUCGUCGGAUUCCGAUUCCGACGACGACGACGACGAGGAGGAGGAGGAGGAGAGACGGGAGGACGCGGCGACGGCGGAGAAAAAACCCAAAGCCGAGACGACCAAAACCAAAACCAAAAAACCCGAAGAACCCGAAACCGCCGAGGAGGGGGCGAAAGCGAAGGACGCGUACAUCGACAUGAUCGAGCGCGACUUGCCGAACUUCUUCGUGCCCGGUCAGGGGGACGCCAAGGGCGCUAAGAAAGAUCAAGCCGGCGGCGGCGGCCGCGCCGCGAUGACGGAGGAGGAGCUCAACGCGGAGUGCAUCGAAUAUCUCAUCCGAUCGCUUCCGGCGAGGAUGGAGGAAGCGAAGCGACUGGCGCCCGAACGCGCGAAGUGCGUUCUGUACACUGGUCCCCAUACGACCGCGUUCGCGUGGUGA